UGACCAACAAGCAGUGCUCCCUUGCCUCGAGAGACACGAAUGAGGAUCGUAGCGGGUACGUACGAGGGCUUCUGCUAUGGGUGGGAGUCCAACAACACAGAGUCCACAGCAGUGGGCGCAGAAGCACUCAGCGGUACCACCACGACUGACACUCGGGGGGUCAAAAAUAGCUCACCGCCUCCCUCCGCCACAGCAGCAGCUUCAUCACAACCACCGACACCACCGCAGGCACUGUCGUUGGUGUUCGGGUACAACGUCCACGUGGGUUGCAUGAAGUCCGUGGCGAUCGCUACCUCCGGCUCUCGCGCGGGGCAGCUUCUUGUUACGGGGGGAGCGGACGAGCGAGUCCGGAUCUACGACUUGAGGGACAGGACCGAGCUCGGGGAGCUCCAGCAGCACAAUGGAACAAUCACGUGCAUGGAGUUCUACAAGUCGACGCACCUCCUCACCGGGAGCGAGGACCACACGGUCUGCAUCUGGCGCGUGCACGACUGGGCGCUUCUCCACGUGCUAGGGGGUCACAAGGCGGCCGUCACUUCUUUGAGCAUUCACCCUUCGGGUAGGAUGGCCCUCUCCGUCUCGCGAGACCGAACGCUUAGGCUGUGGAACCUGCUGGAAGGCCGCUGCGCCUACAUAAAGCGCCUGCACGGGGAGGGGCAGCUUGUGAAAUGGUCUCCCGCUGGGGAUAGCUACCUGGUGGUCGUCGGGAGCACGGUGUCGGUGUACAGCGCGGCGACAUCGGAGGCUGUCGGAGAGUGCAAGCACGACGCGCGCGUGAACUCAGCGUGCUUCGCGGGGGGGAACGGGGGAAAGGGGGCGGUGGCGGUGGCGACCUGCGCGGACGACACGACCAUCCGCUUCUUUCGGACGGAGGGGGGAACGCUGCUGGGCAAGGUAGACGUUAGCGACGUGUGUCCUACGGGACGGAUACGCGACAUGUGCCACGUGGGAGCCGCCUCCGCCAGCGACGGCGGCGACGUCGGAGACGGUGCCGGUUCGGGGGGGGGUUCCCUGGCAACGGUUACAUCCUCGGGGGGGGUGCACGUGUGGGGAGUUCCCGCGCUGGAGAGCGUCGGUGCGGAGGGCUCCGGGGCGGAGCUGACGGUGCCACUGCUCUCGACGCACUCGCUGAAGGGGGAGCCCCGGUUCACGUGCGUUACGGCGUGCUUGUGCGGGGACGUCACGGAGCCAGCCCCUGGGAAGAGCAAAAAUUCCAAGAAGCGAAAACGGCGCCAGCAGCAGCAGCAGGAGGCCACCGGUGACGGACGAACACAAGGUCCGCCGGGAGAGAAGAGGCGGGGUCAAGGAGGAGCUCCUGGCGCGGGCGGCAGCGGCAUCAACAAGAAGAAAAAGUCGAAACGAAAGAAGGCGAAGGAGGUUCAGUUUCAAGGCGACCCCGUCUCCAACGGCACCGUAGGGGCGGGGGGAGGGGUGGGGCGAGAGAAGGGGGUGGGUGUGGGCAAGAAGAGAGGGGCGAAGGUCUAGAAGAAGUCGUACCGUAAAAUGGUAGAAACGAAGGCGGCACGUUGUGGGAUCGUCGAAGAACCACGUCAAUCAAGUCGUCCUUUGCCGAUGUAGUCGCACGGAAUUUCGAUAGCAACGGGUACAUCGUUGCCCAUGCAUGGGAUAUGUUACGGAUGCGAUUCGCUUUUGUGGUCCGGGCUCUUGACCUGGAACUGACUGCUCGUGUUCACACUUCACACACUAACGAUAGUUAUUCUAUAGCGCAUCCUUGCACUAAAGAGUUGAGUAUACCACAAAUACCGACUUUGGCAUGAGUUCGUGAGAAUCUCUUGUGUUGCUCUUCGUGCUCGUUUCAAUUCAACGUGCCAAGUGGGGCCAUGAACAGA